GAGAGGAUGAGAGAGAGAGAGGAGCUUAGGGAGGAACAAGUGGAAAAUAAGACACGGGGAGGAAGGAGAGGCUGGGAAACUGACAGAGAAAUGGACCGCCAGAGGGAGACAGACUGACUGCCGGCCAGAGGUGCACAGACGCUCGCUGCCUGUCACCCUAGAGGCAGUUUCCCAACUGUUCAGCCUUCCCCGGGCCGCCUGAUCUCCGACAUACGUGCACACAGGCGCCCGCGUGCACGCACGUGCAGCCGCAUCUCCCCUUGCGCCCGCGGUCAGGGCAUAGGGCGGAUAGGCUGCCGGGCACGUGCAUUCACAGUCAGCUCCGCGGGACGGUGAGCGAGUUGGGACUUGGAGAGGAAGAACAAAUGGGGGCGGACGUCAGCUCCCUGGGCGGCCGCCUCCCCGAGGCCCCUCCGGCAUUCCUGGGCAGCGAAGCCCCUCGCUGAGAACGGGGGCUGAUGUCAUCCUGGGCUGCCAAGCCAGGGGACCCGGGGCCCUGGUGGCUGCCUCCAGAAAUGAGCUAGCUGCCCGCCGGCCCACAGGUUUGGAGCCCCCGGCCGGAGGACAGGAAACCUGCGUGGGCCAGGUGAGCAGGGCCCCGCCGCCGCCGCGGGUGCCUGGGGGGUGCCGCCUACCUGGGGGAAAGUGAGGAUCCAGGUGCCUGAGGGUGCCCGGGGGCCACCGCCUUUUCCACCCCCACCUCGCGGGGACCGUCACGCCCUGGAGCCGGCGCGGCAGCCCAGUUCCUCAAAGCUCCUCGUCACCCGAGCCAGCCGGCCAGCCGGUGAGCGCUGGGAACUGGAUCUUGGAGCGGCCAGCGUGUUUACUCACAACUCCGGGGGGUGGACUCGCAGCCUGACCCUGAACUGCCUCAGAUUCGGAGCGAGCCCCGCGGAUGCCGCUGGCUGCUGGCUCAGCGAUGUUUAUCUACUCUCGGGCCGGCUGAAGAGGGCUGCUGGCUUUCCUCUCCAGGCAGCCCAGAACUCCCGGCGGUGCACAGCAGGGAGAGGGGAGAGGACCCGGCGUUUCGCGGCUUUCCUGCCUCCCCACCUGCCGGCCCCAUGGAUUACCUGGGAGACAAACUCACGGUGGCCCAAACCCACAUGACCCAGUGGAUGGGGACCGUCCGGCGGUCCUUCCAGGAGGCCCUCAACUUAGUGACCAGCACGGUGGGCCCCGAGCGGGCGAGUGGGGAGCCCUCCGGCCGGACCCCCUUCAAGCGCACCUCGUCCUUCCGACACCUCGCUUCCCGCAGCCGGGAAUCUUUACGCCGCUUCUCCGCGCGAAGCCAACAGAGAUUUUCUUCCCUGAGGAAAAGGCAGCCGGACUCGGAGCCACCAGAUCUUGAUCAGCUGAAGCAGUGUUUCUCCAGGCGGACCCCCGAGGCCAAGGACACUGACACCCUCGUGCAGGAAGCCGACAGCCAGUAUGGGACGUGGCUGCACCAGCACCAGAGCGGGGAGAGCUUGGCCCCCGAGUCCCCAUCCCCGGACAGCAGUGCCACGUCGGCUCAGAAGCAGCCCCCCAGCAGCCGCCUGUCUUCCCUGUCCUCCCAAACGGAGACCACCUCUGCUGGGGACCAGCACGACUGCUCCAAGGACCAGCAGAGCACCAGCGUGGACCGAUCCAGCACGGACCUGGAAUCCACUGACGGGAUGGAGGGGCCGCCCCCAGCGGAUGCCUGCCCCGCAAAGAGGGUGGACGACUUCUCCUUUAUCCAUCAAACUUCAGUCCUCGACUCAAGUGCCCUAAAGACCCGGGUGCAGCUCAGCAAGAGAAGCCGCCGCCGGGCUCCCAUCUCCCACUCCCUCCGGCGCAGCCGAGUCAGCGAGUCGGAGAGCAGGUCUCCUUUGGAGGAGGAGGCCAACAGCAUGUGGAUGUUCAAGGACUCCACAGAGGAGAAAUCCCCCAGGAAGGAAGAGUCAGAUGAGGAGGAGAAGACGCCCAGAGCUGAGAGGACGCCCAUCAGCCGACCCCAGAGGAUGCCCGUGUUUCCAGGCAUGGACCCGGCAGCGCUGAAGGCUCAGCUGCACAAGAGGCCAGAGAUGGACAGUCCCAGCGAUACCCCCAGCUGGGCCCCACAGCCCAAGACCCCCAAGUCCCCCUUCCAGCCCGGGGUGCUGGGCAGUCGCGUGCUGCCCUCCAGCGUGGAGAAGGACGAAAGAUCGGAAGAGCCCUCUCCCCAGUGGCUAAAGGAGCUGAAAUCCAAGAAGAGGCAAAGCUUGUAUGAAAACCAAGCUUGAGCAGACAGGGGCCACUGCCACAUCUAAUGAACAAGCCUUAACUGUCAGUACCCGAAGACGAGGUCCCGCUGCUGCCGUUGCUUCCUGCACACACCUGGGCCCUUCCGGUCGGUCGGUCUGUCGGUCGGGUGGAGAAGGCUGCCCAAUGCCCCCCCUCACCACAGGCUCUCCCGGACGGAUGGGGCAGGAAGGCUCACCCUCCACGAGCACGUGCUCUGUCUCCCCGGACGGCACUUCAGGCUGGGAAAGAAGCCAGGCGGCCCAGAAAUGUCCAUGCUGGUGGUUUGGUUUGGUUUGGUUUAAUGUAAAAAUGUGCAUUUCUACCCAUUUUAAACCCCUGCAGCAGCUCCAGGAAUAUGGAUGUAAGGCUGGACCGUCUCCCCUGGGUUCUGAGUCGUGAAAGCGCCUGUUUCCCCCCGACCCCCACCCAGGGCUGGUCUUUUUUUGGAAGGACAUUUCCAAGGAAGAUGAAACCAUACGUUUCCUGCUGUAACUGUGGUCCCAGCAGUACCACCGGGUUGGGGGCUUUGAUCGCUCCUUUGGCGAAUUCCUUCUCCCUCUCGAAGAAUCAGCAGUUCUGAUCUUUAAACACACCUGCCCUCAUUCUUUCAAGUGUAUUUAUCCUCCCGGUGGGGCUGUGUGCAGAGCUUGCCUGUUCCAUUGUACAUCACGUUUUGUUUGCUUUAGAAGGUGAUAAAGCAAUAAUCCAGCCAACUUUCUUUGAAAUUUGAUAUGUAUAUAUGUUUUUAUGUUAAAGAACAGGAGGAGAGGCGUGUGAAUAGUUUGCGUGAAGUAUCCAAUCAUCUCAGGUUAUCUUAUCCCUACCCCAAGCUUUUUAAAAAUUCUGAUUGUCACCCUGGUGUACACUUUCCUGGUUCCUAUUCAUCCGAGCUCUGAUUUCUGUAGGGUGACCUUUGUCCCUUGGCCUCAAGGUUCAAAAACCUGCAGCCCAAAUGGCAGUGCCUUUCCCUCCCAAACAUCAGACCCACCCGAGAGGCUUUUGCUCCGAAGUCCCUUUCUGAACACAACCUGAGCUGCUGGCAUAAAAGAUCUAUUCCCAGUUGGUCUCAGGACAAACGAUGAAUGAGGGGUCCUUUUUGUUUCUUCUCACCUCUUCUUUCUACCCAACCUCCCCCCAAUUCUACCUGACCAGGUGCUUUUUCUAGGUCCAAAUGCAGGAAGGGAGGGUCUUGCUGAAAGCCCUUCUCUGGAGGGGGGUCCCCCCGACCCCCAGCCCAGGAACUCUGGACAGACUUGCUAGACGCUAGGUAACCAAGUAUAGGCUUGCCUUGCCUCUUUUUUUUCUUGGCAACUCUAAGCUCAUUCCCAGGAAUCUCCAAGACCUCUGGGCUCUCCAGUCAUGGCUACUCUGUCCUUGUUUUUGGAAAUCCUCCACACCAGUCUCCUCCACCUCUUGAGCCCAAGGCCCCAGCAGUCAUCCCAGGGAUAGUCGGCCCACCGCCAUGUCUGGAGUUGCCAUAAACUUUGUGCCAACCUUGCCCGGGAGACACCCAUGUGUGAGAGAGAUGCGUGGGCAGUUCACAGGGCAGCCUGUGUUGAUGAGGGGCACUGGGCCUGAGCUUCCUAAUGGAGCUUUGCUCAGCAGUGGACUUCCCAAAAGGUGAAAAUCUCUCCUAAUAAAUCCAUUCUUUGCAAAUGGUGUCAAAACCUGCUUCCCUUCUCCCUGGCCACCCCUCCUUCAGUCUCUGUCUCCUCCGCUCUUCCUCCCUUAUCUCCCUUUACCACCUCUUCCCUCUCUUGGGUGUGGCAGGAUGGAGCCCAAUCCCGUCCCUGCAGGUUAAGACAAACACCCGGGCCCGAGAGGGGCUGUGGUUCAGCACCAUGGACAGCGACCGAGGUUGGGGUGAGAGGCCCUCCCUCCCUGAGUCCUGUUGGCUGGGCAGUGGUUGGAGCCCGUCUCCCGGGCAACCUUGUGCAUCUGGAAACCUCAUGCAUGUGUGUCUGGAGAUCUGGUCCUGCUCCAUCACAGUGUGUAUUCUCUUCAUUCCCUGAGUUUGUGGUCAGUCCGCUCUCUCUGGCCAUUUGGGGAUUUAAUCCUUUCAGGAACCGCGUCAGUUGAUUUUCCUUUCUUACUCUUCAGAGACCCAGUUCAUGUUUCAUUUCAGUUUUGCUGUAGUGUCCAGGUCAGUAGGUCCUCUAGACACUCCUAGUGUGCUGUCUUUUCUCGCCUGCUGUCUUUCUUUGCCUUUCUCAAGGUGGGAAGGCCCCUUGGUACCAUCUUAGGCAGUAGGAAGCCACUUGCUCUGUUCGGUCAGUAUAGUGAUACUAACCGUGCGAAACUCUCAGUUUUGAAUUAGUCCUGUUUCAUCCCAUGUAUACCCAACAGGAAAGAAAAACACUUGAAAACAAGAUUGACCUGGAGGUCUUCUGCCUAACCUCCCACACCUGGAUUGGAAAUAAAAAUCCAUUUCAUUCCUUGGUGAUGAGGACAUACAAAGUCCACCCCUUGACACUGACUACAGCAGCCUCAUCCCUCACCGCUGAGCAGACAGUCACGGUGGGCCAGGAGCGGCCUACGCAGUGCCGGCUCCCGUCAGCCCCGGCUCCCGCGACGAUCAGUACAAUGAAGUUCGCAGCAACUGACGCUUAGAGCCUUUGCAGAUAGCCAGGCAAACGGGUUAUUUAUUUCUCCUCUUUCUAAGCCAGAUGAGCUCUUGGGGGCUAAGCAAGGAGUUGUAUGGUAGUUUCUUGAGUUUGCCUGGAGCCACCUUUGGAAAUCUGUCUCCUUUUAAACUAACUUAAUAUGCCUUAAUCAUUUGUAUGCAAUCAGGUCACCCGCCCUCAUCCAGCCCUCCUCCCCUGGGCCUUUGGCUUGCUUUAAAUGAGAGUUUUAUACAGAAUGCAUCAAAAAUAAGAUGGAUAGAUAGGUGAUUUUUUAAAUUAUACUCUCUCUCUCUCACACACUCUCUCUCUCCCCCUCCAUCCCCCCACACCCUCUUUGCACAUCAGCAUUUUGAGAGCUGGUCUUUUGAUAAGUCCAUAUCUUUUUCCCCUCCAGUAGAUCGCAUUCUUCAUGGUCUCUUGCCUAAUGGAACAGAAGCCUUUGGCCUGUAAAAUUCCAUGGUGAGGGCUCAAAAAUCAGUGUUGUGGAGAACCUCUCAGUACCACCAGAGAAACUCCAGUGGAAGAGAAGCCUCACUAAACCCCAGUGGAGUUUAGAGUGUUGGGGGCCUUGAGUGAUGCUGCCCUGACGGCCUCAUGUUGUCUGGGGUUCGGGGAAAGGACAAUCAGAUGGGGAGGUUUUGCAGGGGACAAGCAAAGUCAUGUACUUUCAGACAAAUGUGUUUUCCCUUGUGCUUCCCAGGAAGAAGUGAGGCCAACUCUAGGUAUCGGAAUAGAGCUGAGCCUGAGGUCUUCAACCUUAGAGGCUGUGCAGGGGAUUUGGAAAAACCUUAGGCAUGAUCUCCCUGAAGGAGACCUCAGCUGCUCCCACCCGACGCUGACAGCUGCCUUGUCCAUUUACAUUUUUCAUCACGGUACCCCCAGACUGCCCCAGGAGCUAGGCGUCGUUACAAAGCUAAAAACCCACAGAUGUGUCAUUGGAUCACCUCCAAAACAAAAUGCUUGCUUAAAGGUGACGUGGGCCUGCGUGGAAGACAGCGUCGCGCCCAAGGAGAGGACUCUCAAGCCAGCCACUCCCUCUCUCCUCCUCCAUCCCUGUGGUUCCUCCCACACAGCACUGUCCCUUAAUACAGGAAGCUAGAUGACGGUUGUCUUUGUGUAAACUAGCAUUUCAGGGUGAGGUCUGCAGGGAGGUGGGAGAAAAACUCUAUCCACCGGGAAUUGCGCCGCCUCCAAUUUAUGCCGUGGCGAGUCAUACAGUAAUGGAGAAUCCUUCUAUAGCCUCCGACUGUGCCUUUCCUCCUCCAACAUGUGAUAAAACAGGAAAGCAAAAAAAAAGCCCCAUGGCAUCGUGAUUCCAUGGAGUAGGAGGGAGCCACUUAAGGGAGAGGGGACCUGCCCCACAUCUGGAAGGGGGUCCACCUUGGGCCCCACCCCCUUAGGGAGUGAUGGAUCUGAGCCCUGGGCUGAGAAGCUGCCAGGAGUUACCCUGUUGGAAUUCUGGGCAAAUCGAGGGUCUGGAAACAUAGAACCUCAUAGAAAACCGGUAGGCAUGAAUGUGCUGAGUCUUGGUCUGUAUCUCCUUUGGCCCCCAUCACCCCUCUAGAGAUUUCUUUCUUUUGUCUAGGUUGGUUCCUGCAGGGAGGGGGCCAGAAAACCAGGUACCUGGAAAGUCAGCCUGAGAUUUCCAGCAAGGUAACCUCCCAGCCGCUCACUGCUCACCUCCCAGCAUCUCCCUAAACGGCCGCCCUCACACCUGGCGCCACACCAUCUCCCAUGAAUCAGCCUGGCACUGUUUUAACAGUCUCCGGCGGCGUCACACCUGCUAAAAAAAACAACGUGACGCCGUCGUCUAAAGAAUGAGCUCAUUCCACAUAGCCUUAUAGAUCCUGUAAAUACGGGGCUCACGAAAGUCAUCUGUUGUGUUACUGAAGAUAUUUUGUACUGUGUUGUUCCCUAAAUCAUACCAACGUCCUACAAGUCCUGCACUUCCCAGAUGGUUAUGAGCCUCAAAAUGCUUUGCAAGGUGGAGGGGGAAGUGGAAAUAUAUAUACGUACGCUAUGUAUUUUCCUAACCUUUCUUCUGGGUCCCUUCCUCCGAUAUUUGAGUCACGAUCGAAAAGGAACUCGAGUCCUGUGUGCGAGAAAGUUGAAGCGUCCUGCCAGUUGGUGUCCUUGCAGUUGCCUUAUGAAUUCACAGGCUCCAGGAGUUCUGAACAGAAGGUGGUCGACCGGCACUUUAUCCAGUCCCAGAAAUGAUCUCUAAUCGUGUGACUGAGAAUUCAUCUAGAGAAACCUAUAUUUUUAACAUCAAAACAAACGGGGCUUCCCGGACCUCACAGAGUAUUGGAUGUCUACCAGUGCUUUUCUAUUUUGUAACUGUAAAGAGGUUUCAUACGCACAGCAGAGCAGUUGGGAAUCUGGUCGACUGCCCUAAAACAAAAUGACCUUUGCAUGUACAAAGACGUUGCAUUCAGACUCUGAAAGCAGCAAAUAAAGCUUUGACGCGAGCUGCACUGGAGACGUCAGCGUGUCGGUGUGUGAAUGAAUGGA